AUAAUCUUUGGCACGUGGGGUAGACACUCCUCCGUGUGUCUAGCCUCUGAAAAAAAUCCCUUUUGAACAAGUGUAUAAGUAAUAAUAAUAAGGUUGUAAACAAUGGGUCGUGGAAGACGGCGAGGAGGUAAGAAGAACUUCGCCGACAAGCGGCGAGAGCGGCAAAAGAACAAAGACGAAUGGGACAACCGGCCCCAGCGUCAAUACGAGGACAUAGUUCGUGACAACAAAGACUUCGAGACUUUCUACAAAGCCCAGAAAAUAGUCCCCGAUGACCAAUGGCUUGAAUUCCUCUCUAAAAUGAAGGAGAACCUUCCGGUGGCCUUUCGAAUAACUGCCGGCUCCCGAGCUGAGACAAAGGCCCUCUCCAAGAUAAUUCAGGGUGACUUCUUCUCGGAAAUCUUAAACACAAAGCUCGAGGGCACCCCAGACGAUGAGCCAAAAGUAAAACCUCAUUGUUUACCCUUUUAUCCUGAGGGUCUAGCCUGGCAGCUGCAGCUGACCCGCAAAGACAUUCGUAGAUCAGAGGCGUAUUUUCGCCUCCACAAUUUCCUCAUAGCUGAAACAAGCAGUGGAAGUAUCAGUAGACAAGAAGUUGUCAGCAUGAUUCCCCCUCUGGUUCUCGAUGUGAGGCCUGAUCAUAAAGUUUUGGACAUGUGUGCAGCACCUGGAUCCAAGACAGCUCAACUCAUCGAGAUGAUUCACGCUGACGAGGCUAAUCCUCAUCCCAAGGGUUUCGUAAUAGCUAAUGACGUGGACAACAACAGGUGCUACAUGCUGGUACACCAGGCCAAACGACUCAAUAGUCCCAACAUACUGAUAACCAAUCACGACUCCUCGGUGAUGCCGAACUUCAGGAUAACGAGUCCUGAUGGCUCCGAGGAGACUCUCAAAUUCGAUAGAAUUCUUGCCGAUGUGCCCUGCACUGGUGACGGCACGAUGAGAAAAAAUCCCGACAUCUGGUGCAAAUGGAAUCCAGCGAAUGGACAUAAUCUUCACGGAAUUCAGUUCAGAAUUGCUAAAAGGGGCUUGGAGAUGCUGGCAGUUGGGGGAAGAAUGGUCUACUCCACUUGUUCCUUAAAUCCUCUGGAGAACGAAGCUGUUCUCCAUCGAUUGCUCUGCGAAACUGGGGACUCGGUGAGGAUUGUCGAUGGGAGAGAGUCUGUUCCUGGCCUAGUCUGUAACCCCGGGGUCAGUCAUUGGGUCGCUUGCUCCAAGGAUAUGAAGUUUUAUGAGAGUUUCGAGGAGGUGCCCGAACAGUGGCAGACAUUAGUAAGACCAAAGAUGUUUCCACCGAAACCCGAGGACGCGGAGAGGUUUCAUCUUGAGAGGUGCAUGAGGAUACCCCCGCACCAUCAGGACACUGGGGGCUUCUUCGUGGCGGUUCUGGAGAAGGUCAAGCCUCUUCCAUGGGAAAGGGAGAAGGAGGAGCGCCCGGAGAACGGGGCUGACGGUGGGCUGAAGAGGAGCGGGGAAGGAGAGAAGGCUGGACCGGAGAGGAAGAAGAAGAGGAUGUUCGGGUAUCGCGAGGAUCCUUUCGUGUUCUUCAAAGAUGAGGAGGAGGUCUGGCCUGCUAUCAAGGAAUUCUAUAAUAUUUCCGACGAUUUAGACCCUCGUUGUCUCCUGGUGAGAUGUGCAGAGGGAAAAAAGAAGAAUAUAUACUUCACAUCGCCAGCAAUUAGAGAUAUUGUUCUCCUGAAUGAAAACAAUGUCAAGAUGAUCAACACUGGCGUAAAGACUUUCGUUAGGUGUGACAAUAAGAACAUGAAGUGUGCGUUCAGAUUGGCGCAGGAGGGAAUGCCCAGUAUUCUCUCCUACAUUGGUGAGAAUCGUAAAGUCAAGAUUGGGAGGGACGACUUGGUGGAACUCUUGCAAAAUGACAAUCCUCAGACACCACCGGAGUUAGUUAAACUGAGUGAAGAGAUUCAGAAAGGAAUGGCCAAUAUAGACUCAGGCAGUUGCAUUCUCAUUUACGAGGAGAACAAUGCAGAGAAUCCUGACCCUCUGAGGCUCGUCAUGGUGGGCUGGAGGGGGACAAUGUCUCUCAGAGCGUAUGUACCUCUUCAUGACGCAAUUCAUUAUUUGCGAUUGCUGGGGGCUGAUUUUUCGAAAUUCGAGAAAAACAAAUUUGAGGAGAAUCGAAACGCAAUAAAAACGAUAGAAGGUGAGGACGAGAAUUCCAUAGACAAGGAAAUAACUGACGGUACAGAGGAGGAUACUGUAGCUGAGAUGAUAUAAAUUCUGACGUUUUCAUAGCUCUGAAAUAUUGAAAGAGGGAAGCAAACUCUUCAAUAAUCUAUUGUUCAAUUUUGUAUUUUUAUGAUAAUAGAAAACUACAGUUGAA